GAUGGUUACUGGUCUGUGUCGUGUGUGUCCCGGGAUCCCCACGACGAUCGACUAAGCGAUACCAAACGCUUCAGUGCAUGGAAAUUAAAUGGCGAUUUUUCUGAAACGACAGUGUUCGAGCGAGCAAAAUUUCUAAGUGUGUGCUGAAAUAGAACAGCUUCCGGAUUUACGGCAAAUGCGUGAAUUUUGGCGCGAUUCUGAUCCAAUUAAACGAGUAAGUCCACGAGUAAUUUUGAAAUCUUCCUCGUGUGUGGUUUGUGCGUGUAUGUGCCAAGAAGAGCGUUUCCGAUCAAAGAAAGCCAAGUAAAGCCUUCACCUGGUGACGAGAAGCUAGCCAGACGCUCCAGACACCAUGGAACAAGACGAGGACUCCAUGGCGGCCGCAAACUCGGCGGCGCAAAGCGGCCUCAUAAAACUAUUCGUGGGUCAGAUCCCAAAGACGUGGGAAGAAGAGGAUAUUCGAGAGAUACUCGAACCCCACGGCUCCAUCAGGGAACUUACGAUACUCAAAGACAAGAUUAGCGGGACCCACAAAGGGUGUGCCUUUGUGACGUUCAACACGAGGAACGCUGCAGUGGAAGCUCAGAAGAACCUCCACGAAAAGAAGACACUGCCUGGGAUGAAUCAUCCCAUGCAAGUCAAACCAGCCACCAACGAACCUAGGAAUACUACAGUUGGAAGAGUUUCGCCAACUCCCCACAUCACAGAGGAGCGGAGGUUGUUUGUUGGCAUGUUAUCGAGAGACCUCAGUGAAGACGACGUGAGACUCAUGUUUUCCCAGUUUGGACAGGUUGAAGACGUUUCCAUUCUCCGGAAUGCCCAGGGAACCAGCAAAGGAGCGGCGUUUGUGCGGAUGGGAGCAAAGUCUCAGGCCCUGCAAGCCAUCACUGCUCUACACCAAUCUCAAACCAUGGCAGGUUGCUCGGCGCCGCUGGUGGUCAAGAUAGCGGACACUGAUAAGGAGAAGGCCCAGCGGAGACUCCAACAGGCAAUGACCAGUUUAGGAAACCAGUUUGGCGGGUUGAACAACCUCACAGCGUUUGGUCUUGGGAUGAACACCGCAGCUUACUACCAGCAGGCACUACUACAACUGCAGCAGGCCACUCAAGGUGCACCUACUGCCUCCAACUCAUUCGGACUUGGAACAGCAGAUCUCCAGGCUCUGGCUGCUCUGAACCAACAGUCCCAGGUCAAUCAAGCUGCAGCUGCCGCAGGUCCUCCAGGUAUGGGUAAUCUUGGGUCAGCGGUCCUCAGUGCCACCGCAGGGCAACAUAAACUAGGUCUUGGCAACGAUGCUCUUAUGCAGGCAUACGUCGGUAUGCCGACUCCCGCAGUUGCCUUGGCAGCAGGCACCCCUGUUCCGUUGGUGCCGUACCUAGCCUCCGCCUCCUCCCUCGCAGGUUACACCACUCCCACCCUCUCCUCCCCUCAGUCGACCACGCCCGGCUUCCCUGUCGGUGCCGCCCAUAAUUACCUCUACCAGAAACAACGGGACGCAACAGUCCACCAAAAGCAACGUGAAGGUCCGGAAGGCUGCAAUCUGUUCAUCUACCACCUCCCGAACGAUGUGCAGGACAUGGACCUGGUCCAGAUGUUCCAGCCGUUUGGCAGCGUCAUCAGCUCCAAGGUGUUCAUCGACAAACAUACAAAUCUUAGCAAGUGCUUCGGGUUCGUGAGCUACGACAAUCCGCUCUCGGCUCAGAGUGCCAUUCAGGCCAUGAAUGGGUUCCAAAUCGGGACAAAGAGGUUGAAAGUUCAGCUCAAGAGGCCCAAGGACGCUAGCAAGCCAUACUAGCAGGUGAGCUGCUCACUGCUUCUCCAGCACUUCGGAGGUAGCAUAUCUACCAUUUGCCCCCCGAUUUUGUGGUUUUGAGGCAGUUUUGAUUCAGAGGGCUGAUGAAAUGAUGAUGAUGAUGUAAUCCUUAAUUGUCCAAUUGAGAAUGUUAUCUUGUAUGUUGGGUGUCGGCUCCAUGUUUUGUACAGAAGAUGAUGUAAUGUGUGUAUGUUAUCUGUAAGGGGUGAUGUAGAUAAUGUUUCCUUGUUUUGUAACUUGUAAGACAUUUGUAACUUGUCUUGUUUUCCUGUCCCCUCGAUCCCCAGGGGCCCUCUGUCCGUCUGUGUGACAGUCUGUCUCUAUUCGUCCGUUCGUCUGUCCCCUCCCUCUUACACACACUGAGCUAACUCCUCGUUAUAGCAAUUUGUGAAUAUUAUUUCUCUCUUUUGUAAGUCACUCAAUUUUGCAUGUGAAUCUUCACGACCGCCUGUCGUUCGUCAUUGCUGUAAUUUUAUUGUGUAUCUCCUGCGUAUUGUGUCACAUGACCAAUGUGACUCGUUACCUAGCAACAUGUUUGUCACUCUCAAUGUAUGUAUCUUUCAACGUGUGACUCUGUGUUUGUGUUUGUAUUUGUGUUGCUACGGCUACCCAAUUAUACAUGCACUCCUGUUGUAUCGUUUGUUGUGCUAAAUUGCUGAUUCAGCAAAUGUACAUUGUCAUAUGCAACCAAAAAACACUC